UGUUUAAUCCGUUUCUCCGUUUCUGUAGGUAGUUUGUGUGUGGGAUGACACCCCUGGGGAAGUGACUAGGAGAGGGCGAUAAUUCUAUUUCGUCGUGGAAUGUGUUCCAUCUAGCUCAAGGGAAGAGAGUGUCCGUCGCUGGGAUGUGUCAGAAGCACAACUCAUCUUUUCACUCUUCACUGGGACGUUGAAUCUGUCUGAAGCCGUCGUGCGGAUCACUUUAACUAGUGGUAGGUUCCUACUGAGAGCUUAGCACGCGUGUUGAGGUGGUUAAGAAGCUGAUCACUGCGAUUUGACAUAAAUUUGAAGCUCUAGGAGGAGAUUGAGUGAGUAAUGUAGUUCCAUGUACGCACGAUCUGAGCAAGUGGGGGAUGAGGUUUCCAGUACUAAAAAACGCAAUUGAGAUAAGGGUUUAGGGUUCAGGAGUUGGAGGAGGGUAGCGGAGAUGGAGGGUCAUAAAAUGGCCGUGAUUGCUGCAGCUGAAGAACUCGUUCAGAAAGUAAUGGGCACCUGGGAUUCCUCUCAUGAUCCGUUUCACGCCUUCCGUGUUCGCGACCUUGCCCUCUCACUUGCCUCUGAAGAAAACAUCCCUCCUGACAGCCUUCUCGUUGUGGAACUUGCAGCUCUUCUUCAUGACGUUGAUGAUUAUAAAUACGCCGCCAGAGGCGAAAAAGCGCUUAAUAAUUUGGAAAGCUUUUUGAAGGAACACAACGUGAAGCUUGAAAUAGCUGAGGCUGUCGUGAAGAUUGUCACUUCCAUAGGGUUCAAAGAGGAGUUGGGAGCAACUGGGCAUGAUCCAAUCUCCCCUGAGUUUGCAGUUGUCCAAGACGCAGACCGCCUUGAUGCAAUUGGUGCCAUUGGGAUUGCCAGGUGUUUUACUUAUGGGGGAAGCCAUAAUCGCAGGAUGCAUGAUCCUGCAGAAGCACCGCGUACGAGUCUCACCAAAUCUGAUUACGCGAGUGGAGAUGUACAUCCUACCACAAUCAACCAUUUUCAUGAGAAGCUGCUGAAGCUGAAAGAUCUCAUGAAAUCCCAGGCGGGCAAGAGAAGAGCAAAACAACGACACGAGUAUAUGUUGUCAUUUCUGGUGCAGUUCCAAGAGGAAUGGGAAGGAGUAUGUUAGUUUCCAGUGGUAUCACUCGCCUAAAUAACUAUGCUCAGGAGAUGUAGAAUUUUUGCAAGACAACCACAUAAUCUUGUGUCGGUAAAUUCAUUUAAAGAUUGACCAAGAAUUGUCAAGCGUGGAACAUGAUACGAAAUACUUAUAUUAAAUUACA